AAAUUAUCUAUAAUAAUGGUGGAUAGAUUUGAUGAACAUUUCUUUUUAAUAGCAAAGGAAACAGGAGGAAUAGAAGGAUUGCUAAAUUCUUUAUUUAGUUUUUUAUUGAGAAGAACAGAUUAUUAUUAUGAAUGUAAUGAAUGUAAAAUAAAUUAGGUGAUCCUGGAGAUAAGAUGGGAUUUCCACCUGGAGUAUCAUUGAAUAUGUUAGGAAAUAUAUUUAAAAAAUAUUAAGAUGAACAUUAUAAAGUGCAUAAAAAAAAGUCUGCCUAAGAAUAUAAAGAGAAAUUGGAAAUAUAUUAAAGAAAGUAGAAGGAAUUAUAAGAGAAAUAAAAGGAAUAGGAAGCAUUAAAGAAAGAGAUAUAAAAUUAAUAGUAGUAAGAUAAAUAGAGUGAAUAAAGUGAAAAUUAGAUUUAAUAAGAUGGAAAGAUAAAAUAGGAUUAAAAUGAAUAAAAAUAAGAUAGUUUUACUAAUAAGUAAAAAAUAGAUCCAUACAUAAAUACAUAUAAUGGAGGUGAGACGGAGAAAUAUUCAUGGAGUUAAUCUGGAAAUGAUGUAGUAGUAAUAAUGAAAGUUCCAGAAGGAUCUAAUAAGAAAAAUGUAUAAAUGAUUAUAGAUUUAUAAUAAUAGAUAAAAGUGAUAAUAACAGCAAGUACAUUGACAGUGAAAGUAAAGGAUAAUGUAGUAAUAGAUGGAAAAUUAUAUGAUAAGGUGAAAUGUGAUGAAUCAAUAUGGUCUAUAGAAGAGAAUCUAUUAACAAUAACAUUGGAGAAGGGAUAGGAGAAUAUAUGGAAAACAGUAAUUUAAGGAGAUUAAGAAAUAGAUGCAACAAAAGUGGAGAAUACAAAACCAUUAGAAGAUUUUGAUUCUGAAACUUAAGGAGCAAUAAGAAAGAUAAUGUAUGAUUAACAAAGGAAAUAGUAAGGAUUACCAACGACAGAAGAAGAAUAAUAAUUAGAGAUGUUAAAGAAAGCUUGGGAUGCUGAAGGGAGUCCAUUUAAAGGAUAACCUUUUGAUCCAAGUAAAUUCAAUCUAAGUAAUGGUUAAAUAUAAUUCUGAG